CAACCAUUCGCGUGGGACUGGCUGGUGGAAGCUGCCAAUAGUCUCUCCACUGAAAGACGACCUCUGCCUCUUCGCAACAGUCGGCGAUCUUCUCAACCCAGUCUCUCUCUCUCUGACUUUCAGUCUCUCAAUCUCAGUUCUCUCUCUGUGCAGCUGCGAGCAAGCAAGGGACGACGAAGGCUGCUUCAAAGCUCUAUCCCAUCGAAGCAUCGACGACCAUUGACAGCAGCAGGUGGCCUACGCCGAGGGCGUUGGGGAGAGAGAGUAUGGAGGUGAGAGCAAGAGCUCCUGGGAAAAUCAUACUUGCCGGUGAACACGCUGUGGUUCACGGAUCAACAGCUGUUGCUGCCUCCAUUGAUCUCUAUACUUAUGUCUCUCUUCGUUUUCCCACUCCUGAAGAUAAUGAUGAUACACUUAAACUCCAGCUCAAGGAUAUGGCUUUAGAAUUUUCUUGGCCAGUUGGAAAAAUUAAAGCAGCACUACCAGAAUUGGGUAGUCAUGCCGCAUCAUCACCCACAUCAUGUUCACCGGAUACCAUUAAAUCAAUUGCAGCUCUAGUUGAAGAACAUAAUAUUCCAGAGGCCGAAACUGGACUUGCUGCUGGAGUUUCAGCUUUCCUUUGGUUAUACACCUCUAUUCAAGGGUAUAAACCUGCGAAGGUGGUUGUCACUUCUGAGCUUCCACUGGGCUCAGGAUUGGGUUCAUCGGCAGCAUUCUGUGUCUCCCUCUCAGCUGCUCUGCUUGCUUUGUCCGACGCUGUGAACUUAGAUUUUGGUCAACAAGGCUGGUUAAUGUUUGGAGAAAGCGAGCUGGAAUUGGUUAACAAAUGGGCUUUUGGUGGUGAGAAAAUAAUCCACGGGAAGCCAUCUGGGAUAGACAACACGGUUAGCACAUAUGGAAACAUGAUUAAGUUUAGAUCAGGAGAUUUAACGCGCAUUAAGUCCAAUAUGCCGCUUAAGAUGCUCAUAACUAACACAAAAGUUGGGAGGAACACGAAGGCAUUAGUUGCUAGCGUUUCUGAGAGGAAAGUCAGGCACCCUGAUGCUAUGAUUGCUGUAUUCACUGCGGUUGAUUCUAUCAGCAACGAACUGGCCUCUAUUAUCCAGUGUCCUGCCUCUGAUGAUCUUGUCAUAACUGAGAAGGAAGAAAAACUAGAAGAGCUGAUGGAAAUGAAUCAAGGGUUGCUCCAGUGUAUGGGGGUCAGUCAUGCUUCUAUAGAAACUGUGCUUCGAACAACAUUGAAAUACAAAUUAGGGUCCAAGUUGACAGGAGCUGGUGGUGGAGGCUGUGUUCUGACACUAUUGCCAUCCCUAUUAUCAGGAACAGUGGUUGAUAAAGUAAUUGCUGAGCUAGAAUCCUGCGGAUUCACGUGUAUGAUUGCUGGAAUUGGCGGGAAUGGUCUUGAGGUUUGCUUAGGUGGUUCGUCUUGAUUUUACCCUGUGGACGCAAUUAAUAAAUAGAAAGGUUUGUUUCUGUAACGUCAAAUAAUGUUAUGAAAAUGUAUGUUUCCACAACCCUGUUCUUUUGAUAAUUGUUUUCUGCGCAUUUACUCCAUUAUUGUUGUUGAAUUCCUAUACUUGGUACUUCUAGUUUUCAUCAAUGUUACACUUCAGAGAAAUUUAAAUUCCUAGAUUGUUUAUUCUGUUGCUUGAAAUAAUUGUGAAACUCAUAUGGCUUUCAAUUUUAGAAGAUGCUAGCUUUUACCUAGUUUUCUGGGCAUGCCUUCUUGUUGCCAUAGAUAAAAGAAGACGUUCCUUGUGAUUUCUUUUGUAUAUAGACUAUUUCUAAAGCUCCAUUAUAAAUAUCCCUGAACCGUUCAGUAAUUGGACCCUGCCAACUCAUAAUUCAUCACCCCAUACCCUCUUAUAUUUAUCCAUUUUCACUUGCUGAU